GCUGCCAAAAACAGUGUGCAAAGUGUGUAUUGAUUGCGUGUGUGUGUGAUUCGUGUGGCCGUGUGUGAGUGUCACUGACUGAUAUUUGACAAAUGAUAGCAAUGGACGAGCAGCGCGGCGACAAGAUCUACGGCGGAUGCGAGGGUCCGGACGCCAUGUACGUGAAGCUGAUUUCCUCGGACGGCCACGAAUUUGUCGUAAAGCGCGAGCACGCUCUCACCUCCGGCACAAUCCGGGCCAUGUUGUCCGGACCGGGUCAAUUCGCCGAGAACGAGGCUAACGAGGUGCAUUUCCGGGAGAUACCAUCCCACGUCCUACAAAAGGUCUGCAUGUACUUCACCUAUAAAGUGCGUUACACCAACAGUUCUACCGAAAUACCCGAAUUCCCGAUCGCUCCUGAGAUCGCAUUAGAACUUUUGAUGGCGGCUAAUUUCCUAGACUGCUAAAUUAUAUUGUUUAAUUUGAAUUUACAUUAUUUACAAGUAAACGGAGGAAGGCUAAAACGCGUAAAGCUUAA